AUCUGAAGAAGUAGCAGAGGAAAUAGAAGCAGACCAAUCAAAGGAAGAACCAAGACUUAGAAGACCCCAAUCAAAGAAAGAUUCAUUUUCUCAAUCAUUAACUUCUUCUGAUGGAAACAAUUUAAGAGAAAUGGAAAUCCAGCGGAUGAGCAGUCGAUCUAAUGCCAAUGGACUAAGUAGAAAUCCUGAUUCAACUCUUGAAGUACCCAAUGGUGUUGCCCCUAAGAGAGGAAUGGUUCUUCCUUUCACUCCCCUUGCAAUGUCCUUCGAUAGUGUAAAUUACUUUGUGGACAUGCCCCCGGAAAUGAAGGAAGAAGGAGUAAAAGAGGACAGGCUUCAGCUACUUUGUGAAGUAACUGGUGCAUUUAGGCCCGGGGUCUUGACAGCUCUAAUGGGAGUCAGCGGGGCUGGGAAGACGACUUUGAUGGAUGUCUUAGCGGGAAGAAAGACAGGUGGCCACAUUGAAGGCGAUAUUAGAAUUUCUGGCUUCCCUAAGAAACAAGAAACUUUUGCAAGAAUUUCUGGUUACUGUGAACAAAAUGAUAUCCAUUCACCGCAAGUCACUGUCAAAGAAUCUUUGAUUUACUCAGCUUUCCUUAGGCUCCCUAAAGAAGUCAGCAACGAGGAAAAGAUGACUUUUUUAGAAGAAGUGAUGGCAUUGGUCGAGCUAGACAAUCUAAAGGAUGCUUUAGUGGGGAUUCCAGGAAUUACAGGGUUGUCAACUGAACAAAGAAAGAGGUUAACAAUUGCAGUCGAACUUGUUGCCAAUCCCUCAAUCAUUUUCAUGGAUGAACCAACAUCAGGUCUUGAUGCAAGGGCAGCUGCCAUUGUUAUGAGGGCUGUUAGAAAUACUGUGGACACCGGGAGAACAGUUGUCUGCACAAUUCAUCAGCCUAGCAUAGAUAUCUUCGAGGCCUUUGAUGAGCUGCUACUCGUGAAGAGAGGAGGACAAGUGAUCUACUCAGGACCAUUGGGCCGCAAUUCUCACAAGAUCAUCAAAUAUUUUGAAGCAGUUCCUGGAGUGCCAAAAAUUAAAGAGAGGUAUAAUCCAGCCACAUGGAUGCUAGAGGUGAGCUCAGUAGCGACCGAGUUCCGACUUGGAAUUGACUUCGCACAACACUUCAAAUCAUCUUUUUUGCAUCAGAGAAACAAAGCUUUAAUAAAGGAGUUAAGCACACCACCACCAGGAGCAAAAGACCUCUAUUUUCGUACUAAGUAUUCUCAGUCAACAUGGGAGCAAUUCAAAUCUUGCUUGUGGAAGCAGUGGUGGACUUAUUGGAGAAGUCCUGAUUACAACCUUGUUAGGUUCUUUUUUACCUUGGUCGCUGCCCUCCUGCUUGGAUCUAUGUUCUGGAAGAUUGGCACUAAAAGGGAAAGCAUAGCUGAUCUCACCAUGAUUAUCGGGGCAAUGAAUUCUGCUGUGCUUUUUAUUGGAGUUAAUAACUGCUCAACAGUGCAGCCAAUGGUCGCAAUUGAAAGAACGGUGUUCUAUCGAGAAAGAGCUGCUGGGAUGUACUCUGUAUUACCUUACGCACUGGCACAGGUCAUUGUUGAAAUACCGUAUGUGUUUGUUCAAACCGCAUAUUAUGUGCUGAUCGUGUAUGCUAUGGUGAGCUUUCAAUGGACAGCAGCAAAAUUCUUCUGGUUCUUCUUUGUCAGCUUCUUCACAUUCCUUUACUUCACGUAUUACGGAAUGAUGACCGUCUCCAUCACACCAAACCACCAAAUAGCAGCCAUAGUGGCAUCAACUUUUUACUCAUUCUUCAACCUCUUCUCGGGUUUCUUCAUACCGAGACCUAAAAUACCCAAAUGGUGGAUUUGGUACUACUGGAUAUGCCCGGUUUCAUGGACUGUGUAUGGGUUGAUUGUGUCGCAGUAUGGUGAUGUGGAGGACACCAUUAAAGCACCUGGGAUUUCACCUGACCCCUCUGUGAAAUGGUAUGUAGAAAACCAUUUUGGAUAUGAUCCAAAUUUCAUGGGAUCUGUGGCAGGGGUUCUUGUUGGCUUCACAGUUUUCUUUGCCUUCAUGUUUGCUUUCUGCUUAAGGGCCCUCAACUUCCAAAUUAGAUAGAGGAAGUUCCUUGGUAUACACCCCAAGUUAUACAUAUUACAAAAAGUUCGACAUGUAAGUAUAGGUAGUAAGAAUGUAAGGAGGCAGUUUUAUAAGCCUUGAAUUGUUUUCCCUUAGAGCACUUCCACCCAUGGUGAGUAAGGGCAGACACUAUUCAUGUGCAUAGUGACCUCCCUACCCUUUUUUAUUUUGUUUUUCCACCCAUUGUCAUGGCAAGAAAAAGCAAGCACUAUUCACAUGAGAUAUGAUGAGAG